AGGAAGGUAUUUCUGGGUACAAUCUCACAGUGACUGGACGGGUUUUCGUGUGUUGCGUCUCUUGAAAGUUCGGGUUCGUUGACUUGAAAAUUUCCUUCGUUGAAAAAAUUGCUACAUUUUGUUUCAUUCAAAAUGGAAAACGGUGCAGUGCAUACAGAACCGACAUUAAUGGACGGAGGAAACUACAUUAAGGAAGGCGCCGAUGACGCCAAAAGCACGUGGUUGAUUUUUUCUCCAUCGUGCGACGAUGAAGCCGGCUCAUUGGCUGAUGCGUUGGUUUUGUUCAAGAAACACAAGAUCAAUUUGAAACACAUUGAAUCAAGGUCCUCCCUUCGAUUUCCGAAUCGCUAUGAGUUUAUGGUGGAAUGCAGUCCUAGCAGCACCCUUGGAGCCGCCAUCGAAAAUUUAAAAGAAACCUCCCUGUAUUUGAAUGUGAUCUCCCGGAACCACAAAGAUAACCGAGACACGGUACCAUGGUUUCCCCGCCGUAUCCGUGACCUGGACAAGUUUGCGAACCACAUUUUAUCUUAUGGAUCAGAGCUAGACUCAGAUCAUCCCGGAUUCACCGAUCCAGUUUACAGGGAGAGGAGGAAGUACUUCGCUGAUUUAGCUUUUAACUACAAGCACGGUGAGCCAUUACCCAGAGUUGAUUACACAAAAGAAGAAACAGAAACAUGGGGAAAAGUCUUCAAACAACUCACUCAGCUCUACCCAACUCACGCGUGUAAAGAAUUCAACCAUGUUUUCCCGCUUUUGAUUCAAAACUGUGGUUACAGAGAAGAUAACAUACCUCAACUUGAAGACAUCUCCAAUUUCUUGAAAGACAGUACGGGUUUCACAUUACGACCAGUAGCAGGUCUGUUGGCGUCAAGAGAUUUUCUGGCCGGUCUGGCAUUCAGAGUUUUCCACUCUACACAGUACAUUCGGCAUUCCAGCGUGCCUCUUUACACUCCGGAACCAGACAUUUGCCAUGAACUCCUGGGUCACGUCCCACUGUUUGCUGAUCAAGCUUUCGCCCAAUUUUCCCAGGAAAUCGGCCUUGCAUCUCUUGGAGCUCCGGACGAGUACAUUGAAAAACUUGCCACCUGCUACUGGUUUACUGUAGAGUUCGGACUAUGCAGACAAGAGGGCCAACUUAAAGCCUACGGAGCAGGACUUCUGUCCUCAUUUGGAGAACUUCAGUAUUGCUUGUCAGAUCAACCUGAGCUGAAACCCUUCGAGCCGGAUGUAACAGGGCUUCAGAAGUAUCCCAUAACUAACUACCAACCGCUUUACUUUGUGGCUGAAAGCUUCGAGGACUCGACAGAAAAAAUGAGGAAAUUCGCGAAAAAGGUUCCCAGAGAUUUUGGAGUCCGUUAUAACGCCUACACGGAGAGCAUUGAUCUCCUGGACUCUAAGCAACAACUAGAGGAGCUAGCUCAAACAAUCAAAUGUGAGGUUGAAAUUCUGGAAGACGCUCUCCGCAAGAUCAAAUUCGCCUCCAAAAAUUACGAUUCAUUCGUAGUGCAAUAAAUGAAAGUUACAAUCUAUAACUAUAAGAUAAGCCGAUAAAAGCUGAAAAAAACAACGAAAGUGUAAUACCGUGCCAUUAUUCUUAUCAGAUGUUCAACAUAGUUUAUUUAUUCGAUGAAUUAUUUGAUUUGAGAAUUGAGAAUCAAAUAGGUGCUGAGUGUCGUGAGUCUUUUUUUUUUUUAAAACAAAUUUUAGCUGUUUGUAAAUAUUUUUAAUUUUAGAAUAUGUCUAAUAAUGUAAGAAAUAUGUUUGCCCACAAAUGGAGAUUUGUGUACGUUCGAAAUAUACGUAAUUGGUUGUAAUUGCCUUAAAAGUAUAAAGAAAGUUUUUACAUU